AAACUGCCUGUAAGGGAAAUUCAUUUCGUUGUCUCAAAUUGAGACAAUGACAAUAAAUUUGAAUACAAAACCCACACUAAUCAAAAAUCUAUCUAUCUAUGCCUUAAAAAUAUCCACUGACUUGACCACCACAGCCUUCUGUUGCAAAGAAUUCAACAGAUUCACCACCCUCUGACGAAAUAAAUUUCUCCCCAUCUCCUUCCUAAAAGAUCGUCCUUUAAUUCUGAGGCUGUGACCUCUCGUCCUGGGCUCUCCCACACCCACUCCAUCAUCAUAACUGGAUACAAAUCCUGAAAUUCCAGAAUGAACCUCGUUGCGGGUUCCCAAGCACGAUUGCAAUAUUGCAAUUGGUUUAAUUUCUUCGAGUUGUUUGACCAGUUUUUACAAAAUGUUAAAUGGUCAGCUCGACAUAGACUACAAGACCCACACCAAACCCAAACCAAUUAGGAGCAGACGAGGGCAUUCGAUCCAAUUUGUGAUCCCAGCUACAAAGACAGAUGUCUACAGCAAUUCGUUCUUCCCCCGCACAAUUAAAGCAUGGAAUAAUCUCCACCCAACUAUAGUUACCCAACCAGAUGCAACUAAAUUUAAAGUAGCUCUUUCUUCCCAAUAACCCUUUCUGGCUUAAGCCCACCCUUCACCACCUCCACAGUUUAAAUUCCAAUUGGAAUAUUUUGGAGGACCAAGAAACCAAGAACCAAGAGUUCUUCUUCCUCGUGUCCCGCCAUCUUCUCCGUCACGUCUGUUCCGGUCGGUCAGUGACGGUUGACGGUCAGUGGUUGAAGAAUUGGCUACUUCAGUCAGUCACUGUGGUACAGUUUCUGUCAUCAGCAUUGCCUGGGAUGCGCCACCUGGAGGCUUCUGCAUGCAUCCCUUUCUUCGAGUACAAUGGUUUAAUGGUAUACAAACAGUUUAAUGGCUAAAUAUACAAAUGGUUUCAUUUCUUCAAUUACAGCGCGCAGUUUUGCUCUGCUCACCGCACGAACGACACAGGAAAGGGGAAAUUUUAAAUAAAUUUAAACCCCGCAAAAAUGUGUCAAAUCUGAAACUAAAACAAAAAUGACAGAAACACUCACCAGAUAGCAACUAUGGCAGAGAAACAAAGACGGCAUUUUAGGUCAAAGUAUUUUCAUUAAAAUAACGAGCAGAGAGCAGGGGAUCGGGGAGUCAAGAGUCAAGAGUAUUUCAUUGUCAUAUGUCCCAGAUAGAACUAUGAAAUUCUUACUAGCAGCAGCACAACAGAAUAGAAAUGGGACAAAAGUAAUAUCUGAUAGCGGGAAUCCAGAAACGCUGAGGUGAUUCCACAGUUUACGGAGCUGGCCAGUUGAUAGAGUCAAGUCAAGUCAAGUCAAGUCAAUUUUAUUUCUAUAGCGCAUUGAAAAACAACUCUCGUCGACCAAAGUGCCUUACAUCAGUGCAGGUACAAACUUGCUACAUAGAUCUAACAAUACAUACAUAAAUACAUACAUACAGUGUAGGGAAAAGGACAAAAAAACAACAAACACAGGGGGAAAGCCAAAGCUGAUGGGAUUCGAAACCAAAAGGAGAUUGGUGGAAACUCCCAGAAGAUCGGGCGAUAUCUGCAGAGAUGUAUUGUCACAGAUAGGUGACCUUAUCUUCCGUCUGGGCAUUUCUGUGGACUUUGUGACUCAAUAAUAAAUGGAACAAACAUAUAAUUUUCGUUUCAUGUUUGUAUCAGAAAUGGCCAUUUUGGUUAUGAUAUUGUGCUCUGUACAUGGACCAUAGAUAUCUCCUGACACCCGUAUUAAUCAAGAAUCUCAGCGGGACAGGCAGCAUCUCUGGAGAGAAGGGGAGAAACAUCCAGAGAUGCUGCCUGUCCCACUGAGUUACUCCAGCAUUUUGUGUCUACCUUCAAUUUAAACCAGCAUCUGCAGUUCUUUCCUGCACUAAUCCUGCACUACCUAUCUCUGCCUUAAAAAUAUCCAUUGACUUAGCCUCCAUAACCUUCCGUGGCAAAGAAUUCCACAGAUUUACCUCCGACUAAAGAAAUUCCACCCUGCAUCUCCUUCCUAAAGAAACGUCCUUUAAUUCUGAGGCUGUGGCCUCUAGUCCUAGACUCUCCAACCAGUGGAAACAUCAUAAUCAUACAAGGUUAAUUCCCGGGAUGGCGGGACUGUCAUAUGCUGAGAGAAUGGAGUAGCUGGGCUUGUACACUCUGGAGUUUAGAAGGAUGAGAGGGUAUCUCAUUGAAACAUGUAAGAUUGUUAAGGGCUUGGACACGCUAGAGGCAGGAAACAUGUUCCCGAUGUUGGGGGAGUCCAGAACCAGGGGCCACAGUUUCAGAAUAAGGAGUAAGCCUUGCUAAUGGAAGAAAUGCAGCCGCCAUCGUUAAAAUUUGCAUUUUAUGCAUGUUAACAAACAGUGGCGAACUGGGUCUAAAAAUAUUGGUUGCCAGGAGACAAAGGGGGCCCACUUCAUCAGGGGCCCAUUUGAUAUAGGGGGCCCACUUCAUCAGAGGUCCACUUGCCAUCGGGCAAGCUGACACCCUGGCCAGUCCACCACUGUUAACAAGAACCAAAUGUAACAUCUAAAAAGAAACAUGUUUCCCCUGCAGCAAAUAGUUAAAAUGUGGAAUGCAUUGUCCAGGCUUAGUGGAGAAUGAUGAAAUACUCAGUUAUUUAAAACCAUCCUAUCGAAUUGCACACACUACUGUAAUUUUUUUUUUUUAAACUAUGAUAAAAAGGACUUACUCUGUUUCUAGUAACUAGGACAGAUAUAUCACAUCCAGAAUUUCCUUUACAUCAGAGAUAUUUAUGAAUCAAUGCUCAAUACAAACAGUGAGGGUACAAAAUAAGCAUGAAGAAGCCUUCUACAGCCCAUUACUUUGACAGAUUAUCUUUCCAAUGAUAGACUACUUAAUUAAUCUCCCUGAAAGAAAGUUUCACCUAAACCUGCUGAUUUGUUCCAUCUGCAAAGUAAACCCGUAGAUUAUUUGCUUAAUUUCCCCGUCACAGGUACAAGAUUCACUUCGACCGACACAAAACGCUGGAGUGACUCAGCGGGACAGGCAGCAUCACCGGAGAGAAGGAAUGGGUGACGUUUCUAAAACCUCUUGACAUCCCUGUCUAUAUCUCUCAUUUCCCUCUCCCAUGACUCUCAGACUGAAGAAGUGUCCCAACUUGAAACGUCACCCAUACCACGAACGCAAGCACAACGCAAGUCUUUGCCUGCAGACUGUAAAAGCAUUCGGAUUGGAAAGGAGAAGCAGCAAUAAUGUGGCACGUGGUAUGCAGAUACCAGCUGACAGGAAAUGGUACUUGUGUUUCGGAUGGACUAUUGCAACAGUUCCGUCAUAAAGGGAACUUUGUGAUGAAGAUGAACACAGAGCAAGAAACGUCUGGCCACGACACACAACAUCGAGUCUUGAUCUACUCAGCCUGUGUCUUAACCUCGGCAGCUCUGAUGUCGACUUACGUGGCAGUGGUAGCUUUACACCACGUCCUUGCACUGAAAGGAGACAUCUCGUCGAUGAGAGAGGAACUAGAUACGUACAGACUCCACCUCGAUCGCCUGGAAGCCCUGGCAAGAUUAAAUAAGGGCCAGGCAGCCAACUGGAGCAGUUCGGCCCGCCAGGUUAGUAAACGUUUCAAGAAGCGACCCUCCCCUGAGGAUAAAUCAAAAGACAGAAUGAAAUUUCGGAUAAACAGAUCGAUCUCUGAAGGCGUGCAACAGGCCUGCGUGCAACUGAUUGCCUCCAAUGUCCAAAGACGGGUCGCCAGGCCAAGUAACUGUCACAAAUGUGUACCAGGAAGACCACAACAAUCGUGCCGAGUUGAAAGAAGAACUGAUACAAGUCAGAACCAAAUGGAGACGACUACUGUCCCCUGGAUCCUGAGUUUGAAAAAGGGAAGUGCCCUGGACAAGAAGGGUAACAAGAUCCUGGUGGUAGAAUCCGGUUACUUUCUGGUAUACAGCCAAGUGUGGUACAAAGAUAAUACAUUUACCAUGGGGCAUUUCAUCAAAAGAAAUAAGGCCAGCAUUGUUGGUAAUGAGGCGCCCAAUGUGAUUCUGUUCCGGUGCAUACAGAACAUGUCUGCUUGCUGCCCAAAUAAUUCUUGUUUCACUGCUGGCAUUGCACAGCUCGAAGUGGGAGAUGAGCUUGAACUUGUGAUACCACGUAUACAAGCACAAAUCGCAUUAAACGGAGAUGGGACAUUCUUCGGAGCAAUAAAACUGCUGUAAACGUUGGCCAAAGUUUUACAAGCAAAUUGCCUCCCUAUUUGUACAGGAAAAAAAUCCCAUUCUUCCUUGAUUUACUGUGUUGAUGAAAAAUGCCUGAUUUAAAAAAUAUAUAUAUAUAUCUUACCGAAAGGGGAAAUGUUUUUCUCAUGCAGCAGGAAAAUAGAAGGAGCAGCUAGCACACGUUUCUGCCAGGUUGAAGCAAAUCUGUGAACCGACCUGGAUGGAGUCAUCGUGCAAAACCUUGUUCUUGCUUUGGAAUUGGAGGAAAUUGAAGAUGCAUGAAAUACAGAGUAAACCAAAAUCAGUUUAGUUUAUCAGUUCAGUUUUCAGUUUAGUUUAAUGAAGCAUGCACCGAUGUACAUUGAAAUGCUUUUGGAACUCAGCGGGACAGGCAGCAUCUCUGGAGAGAAGGAGUGGGCGAUGUUUCAGGUCGAGACCCUUCUUCAGACUGAUCUUUUCUUCACAGAGGGGGGACAGAGGACGUUGCUGAACUCUCGGCGGAGAGAGGAGGAGAACUUCUUCAAAGAAGACAAUCCUUGAGAUUUGGCAGUGGAGCGGACAAAAUGUGUAGGAAAGAACUGCAGAUGCUGGUUUCAAUGGAAGGUAGACACAAAAUGCUGGAGUAACUCAGUGGGACAGGCAGCACCUCUGGAGAGAAGGAAUGGGUGACGUUUCGGGUCUGAAGAAGGGUCUCGACCCGAAACGUCACCCGUUCCUUCUCUCCAGAGAUGCUGCCUGUCCCGCAGAGUUACUCCAGCAUUUUGUGUCUCGCAAAGAGGAUUCCAUAGAUUCAACCAUUGGGAAGUUAAGGGCUUGUCCCACUUUCAUGACCAAAUUCACGACCUUUUUUACUCGUGGACAUUUUUCAUCAGGCUAGCAGAAAAACGCCCCGGCCUACUUGAUGCCACGAGUACCUACGACUAGCUACGACCUACCUACCGACCUCCUACGACCUCGAGACAACCAUGCUGCGAGUAUGAGUCUAGGGCAAACUCGGCAGAGGUCGUGAAAGUGGGACAGGCCCUUCACACUGCUUCCCACGACUCUUCCACGAUAUGCAAAACAAGAAAUGCCAUCUCCUCAUCACGACCUCCACAACUGCCGGGGGGUUAGAUUGGUAUUUGAUUCAAAAGGAAUAUUUAUUUUCUCCAGAGAUGGUGCCUGACCCACUGAGUUACUCCGGCAUUUUGUGUCUAUCUUCGGUUUAAACCAGCAUCUGCAGUUCCUUCCGACACAUUCAGAAGCAAAUUUAAAGUCACAGGGGAGGUAUAAGGGUGUGAAGAGACAAAGAUAGUUCCCUUUUUUGACUGAAGCAUUAAGAAUAGGGAGGUCAUGCUUGAUCUGUAUGAAACAAUGUUUAGGUCAGAGCCACUACAUUGAAUUGGUGGAUUCCAUGUGGUGAAGGUAUUGCCAUUGUCAUAUUGCCACUGCCACAGCAGACUGCCAUAUGCUGAGAGAAUGGAGCAGCUGGGCUUGUACACUCUGGAGUUUAGAAGGAUGAGCGGGGAUCUUAUUGAAACAUAUAAGAUUGUUAAGGUUUUGGACACGCUGGAGGCAGGAAACAUGUUCCCGGUGUUGGGGGAGUCCAGAACCAGGGGCCACACACACAGUUUAAGAAUAAGGAGUAAGCCAUUUAGAACGGAGACGAGGAAACACUUUUUCUCACAGAAAGUGGUGAGUCUGUGGAAUUCUCUGCCUCAGGUUCUCUGGAUUCUUGGUUCUUGGUUCUUGGUCCUCCAAAAUAUUCCAAAUGGAAUUUAAACUGGAUGCUUUCAAGAGAGAGCUAGACAGGGCUCUUAAUUAUAGUGGAGUCAGGGGAUAUGGGGAGAAGGCAGGAACGGGGUACUGAUUGGGGAUGAUCACCCAUAAUCACAUUGAAUGGCGGUGCUGGCUCGAAGGGCUGAUUGGUCUACUCCUGCACCUAUUGUCUAUUGUCUAUUGUCACUUGGAGUAGUGAAUUCCAGGUUUCAGACCUGGCUAUGAUGAAGGAAGAGAAAUGAAACUAGAUGUUGGAUCUGGAUUUUAAAAAAAACAGAAUAACUCAGCGGGUCUUGCAGCAACUGUGGAGGCAGAGGAUUCAUGUCCAUGUUUCGGGUUGGGACCCAAGAUCAGGACCGAAGGACUAUUUUGUAACUUUGUCUGUGCCCUUUAGGUGGCGACCCUUUGCAUACCCUGGGUGUACAAAACAACGAAUAUCACUGUGACUCGUCACAUGUGACAAUAAUGUAUCAUUCAUUCUCUCUGAAGCCGAAGGAAUCUAUUUAUUUCCAGAUAAGAGUAGAAAGGUUGAAUGUAAUUGGCAAUACAAGCAGCAUUAAAGAAUGUAUAUUUAAGGUAAUCGGCAGCAAGAUCAGAAGGAAGUUACAAGUAGUUUUUCAUCCAGAAUAUAGUAGGGUUCUAACACUAGAUGCCAGAGAGCGGGGACCAAAAUCACUCUUGUAUACAAUAGACAAUAGGUACAGGAGUAGGCCAUUCAGCCCUUCGAGCCAGCACCGCCAUUCAAUGUGAUCAUGGCUGAUUAUCCCCAAUCAGUACCCUGUUCCUGCCUUUUCCCCAUAUCCCCUGACUCCGCUAUUUUUACGAACCCUAUCUAGCUCUCUCUUGAAAGCAUCCAGAGAAUCGGCCUCCACCGCCCUCUGAGGCAGAGAAUUCCACAGUAUAAUAACCACCUGAAAGAGUACUUAGCGUUUGGUCACUAAGUCAAAAGCUGGGAUGUGGGAAUAGUCCCCAUAAUUUCUCAGUUGGCACAGUGGACCAAUUGGCCACAUUCUGCCCCGUAAAUUUAUUUCUUGAACCAUGAGUCUUAAAAAUUAUUUUAAAGGAAUGAAAGAGUUAUUAGACUUGUUUUCAAAAGAGCUUCAAUUAUUAGGGUCUUGACCCGAAACGUCACCUACUCCCUUCCUCCAUAGAUGCUGCCUCACCCGCUGAGUUUCUCCAGCAUUUUUUGUCUACUUUCGAUUUUUCCAGCUGUUUUUGCAGUUCCCUUCUUAGUCAAUUAUUAUUAUGAUCUGCGAUACUUCAUUGGGUCUGCAGAGGAAGGGACUGCGGAUGCUGGUUUACGUCGAAGAGAGACACAAAAUGCUGGAGUAACUCAGUGUGACUGGCAGCAUCUCUGGAGCGAAUGAAUGGAUGACAUUUCUUCAGACUCCAAUCACUAACACCUUUGCUCUCCAACAAUAAAUUAAAUCUCCUGUGUCAAUGAUCAGAGAAGAAAUUGGCUGAUAAUUUAGAAAUGUCUCUCUGCGGGUAAAUAAGUGGAUGGCUCCUUCCUGACUGGAGUCUCUCAAUGGUAAAUCUGACAGCAUCUUCUGGUCAUCUUCAGGACUGCAGUGCCUUUGUAGCUAAGUACCUGGUCCUUGUGACCAAGUUCAACAGGCUUUAUCUUAUCUUGAUCUUAUAGAGGUGUAUAAAAUCAAUGAUGAGAGGAAUACAUCGGGUAGAUGCACAAAGUCUCUAGCCCAGAGUAGGGGAAUCAAGGACCAGGGGAAAUAGGUUUAAGGUGAGGGGAGGAAAGAUUUAAAUAGGAACCUGAAGGGUAACUGUUUCACACAAAGGGUGGUGGGUGUAUGGAACGAUGAGGUAGUUGAGGCAGGGACUAUCGCAAUGUUUAAGAAACAAUUAGACAGGUACAAGGAUAGGACAGGUUUAGAGGGAUAUGGGCCAAACGCAGGCAGGUGGACUAGUAUAACUGGGACAUGUUGGCUGGCGUAGGCAAGUUUGGGCAGAUGGGUCUGUUUCCACACUGUAUCUCUCUAUGGCUUUCUUCGGUCUCCCAAGUAUCUCCUGUAUCCUCUAGUUUGAAUAUCUCAUUUGCCCACCCCAAACCCUUAGCUGCGGACUGCAAAUUCCUGCUUGUCAAAGCUUUCACCGAGCAUUAAGUGUUCAAUAACUUAGCACAUAACAUAUUAUCUUAUGUGUCAGCUUCACAUAUCACAGAACUACAAAUAAAUUGACCUUGUGUAGUCUGGUCUCAUAUAGUCUGGCCCAAAUGUGUUGAGAUUUCGAGAGCAAAGGAACUUUUUCACCUUGGCAUUUCAAACAGAUACAUUCUGUUGUGUAUGAUACGCAAUGAGCAUCCUUCCACUGUCACAGAAAUAUUUAGAGUUCGACAAUAAUCCACUGUACUAUUUUCUCAAUGCUUUUGUGCUUUUGGAAACUUAUUUUCAAAUGAAGAAUACUUAUCAAAUGUGUAUAUGCAACUGUACAGGCAAUCUAUUGGUGUGACCAUUCCUUGAAACUUGAUUUGUGAAUUAUAGGAUGACUGUGUAUUGAUUGUAUAUAUAUAUCUAUAUUUCUAUAAUCAAAGAAAUAAACAUUAAAAUAGAAUUUAAAAAACAAAUCAGUUCAUCGUCAGAUUCUGCCUGGAUUUGGUACUCACUUCAUGAAUUAAGGAAUUAACCACGUAUUUAUAUUUGAGAACAGUUUAACAUCUGAGAGAGCUUUAAGGGGAGUUGGUGUACGAUCCUGAGCAUUUUAGGCUCUUAAAGGAGCAUUAUUGUCAAGUCAAUAUCAGAAGCUAGUUGGGUUAGUUUGCUUUAGGGUUAGUAAGGGCAUCAGAGGUCACGGAGAGAAGGAAGGAGAAUAGGGUUGAGGGAGAAAUAGAUAAAUGUACAGAGUCUUUUACCCAGAGUCAGGGAAUCAAGAAACAGAGGACAUACCAUAUAACAAUUACAGCACGGAAACAGGCCAUCUCGGCCCUACAAGUCCGUGCCGAACAACUUUUUUCCCUUACUCCCACCUGCCUGCACUCAUACCAUAACCCUCCAUUCCCUUCUCAUCCAUAUGUCUAUCCAAUUUAUUUUUAAAUGAUACCAACGAACCUGCCUCCACCACUUCCACUGGAAGCUCAUUCCACACCGCCACCACUCUCUGAGUAAAGAAGUUCCCCCUCAUAUUACCCCUAAACUUCUGUCCCUUAAUUCUGAAGUCAUGUCCUCUUGUUUGAAUCUUCCCUAUUCUCAAAGGGAAAAGCUUGUCCACGUCAACUCUGUCUAUCCCUCUCAUCAUUUUAAAGACCUCUAUCAAGUCCCCCCUUAACCUUCUGCGCUCCAGAGAAUAAAGACCUAACUUAUUCAACCUAUCUCUGUAACUUAGUUGCAGUAACAAAAGGUUUAAGGUGAGGAGGGGGGGGGGGGGAGAUUUCAUAGGAACUUGAGGGGCAACUUUUUUACACAAAGGGUGCUAACUAUAUGGAACGUGCUGCUGGAGGAGGUAGUUGAGGCAGGUAUUAUCACAAUGUUUAAAAAGCGUUCGGACAGGUACAUGAAUACGAUAGGUUCGAUGUGAAAAAUAUCCAUUGAAGGCCUCCACAACCUUCUGUGGAAAUUAAUUCCACAGAUUCACCAACGUCUGACUAAAGAAAUUCCUCCUCAUCUCCUUCCUAAAGGAACAUCCUGUAAAUCUGAGGCUGUGACCUCUAGUCCUAGACUCUCCCACUAGUGGAAACAUCCUCUCCACAUCUACUCUAUCCAGGCCUUUAACUAUUCAAUAAUGUCCCCCCCUAAUCUUUCUAAACUCCAGCGAGUACGGGCCCAGUGACGUCAAAUGCUCAACGUAACUUAACCGACUCGUUCCUGCGAUCACUCUGGUAAAUGUCCUUUGGACUCUCUCCAGUGCUAGCAAAUCCUUCCUCAGAUACGGGGCCCACAAUUGUUCACAGUACUCCAUAUGCAGACUGAUCAGCGCCUAACAAAGCCUCAGCAUUACGACCCCCCGUUUUAUAUUCUAGGCUUAUCGUAUUAAAUGCUAACAUUGCAUUUGCCUUCCUUACCAAAGAUACUAGAGCUCCGAUCUAGUAUCUUUGUUCCUUACUACCGAUUCGACUUGCAAAUUAACAUUUUGGGACUCCAAAGUGCCUAUGCACCCCCAUGAUAGGUGCCGUUUCAGGUAGGGAGCCUUCUUCAAACUGAUCUGGGUUGAAAUUAGUUACAGCAGUGACUGGUCCAUCCUCACUUACGAGAUAGAAUGUUCAACAUAGAGAGUUCCAACCACGGAACCCUUCACCCUGCUCCCCACCAAAGUGGGUAAGGCAAUAGAAGGGAUUGACUGAGCAACUGUACUAACUUUCCUCAUGGAACAAAGUACAUUCUACUGCUGCAUGCUUAUUGAAAUUUGAGGAGCAUCCCCAUCCACACAUCCCACCAUCGGAUAAGAUGAAUUUAACCAUGAAUUCUUGAAACCAUCUACGCCUGAAAAAGGGUCUCGACCCAAAACGUCACCUAUUCCUUUUGUUUAGAGAUGCUGACCGACCCGCUGAGUUACUCCCCCUUUUGUGUCUAUCUCCUGUUUAAACCAGCACCUGCAGUUCCGUCCUACACAUACUGCCGAUUUGCUAUGGAACUUCCUUUUAAGUAGAAAAUAUAAAAUGGGCAAAUGUAUUAAAUGGGUGCCCUGGUUUCAAUAGAGAAUAGUUCCAGAUUCUCCCGACAACUGGAAGCUGUCUCAAUCUGAUGUCCGAUGUAUUCAAGAGAGAGUUAGAUAUAGCUUUUAGGGCUAACGGAAUCUAGGAUAUAGGGAGAAAGCAGGAACGGGGUACUGAUUUUGAAUGAUCAGCCAUGAUCAUAUUGGAUGGUGGUGCUGGCUCGAAGGGCUGAAUGGCCGACUUCUGCACUAAUUGUCUAUGUUUCUAUGUCUGUCCUCAGGAUUCCAUGUACAACCAAGUAUACCAUAACUUGUCUAAACUCCAUUGGAAGUAUACUUGGCCUGUUCAACGUUUUGUAAAUCACGGGGAUUUAUACCGAUACAGAACCUGCCAUCAACUAACAAAACUGACACAAAGUGCUAGAGUAACUCAGCGGGUCAGGCAGCAUCCCUGGAGAACAUGGCGGGGUGAUGUAUCGGGUCGGGACCCUUCUUCAGUCACUCCAGAACUUUGUGCCCUAUUCUUGAAAACCAGCACUUGCAGUUCUUAGUGUCUGCCAUCACCCCAUAGAUGCUGCUGCACCCGCUGAGUUUCUCCAGCAUUUUUGUCUAACUUCGAUUUUCCAGCAUCUGCAGUUCCUUCUUAAACACAGGUGUGAUGUUAGAUUUGGGAGAACAUCUCCGAUGACCUCUCUUGGACCCACAAUACCUCAACUCUGAUCAAGAAGGCUCACCAGCGUCUCUUCUUCCUGAGGAGACUGAAGAAGGUCCAUCUGUCUCCUCAGAUCCUGGUGAACUUCUACCGCUGCACCAUCGAGAGCAUCCUUACCAACUGCAUCACAGUAUGGUAUGGCAACUGCUCUGUCUCCGACCGGAAGGCAUUGCAGAGGGUGGUGAAAAUUGCCCAACGCAUCACCGGUUCCUCGCUCCCCUCCAUUGAGUCUGUCCAAAGCAAGCGCUGUCUGCGGAGGGCGCUCAGCAUCGCCAAGGACUGCUCUCACCCCAACCAUGGACUGUUUACCCUCCUACCAUCCGGGAGGCGCUACAGGUCUCUCCGUUGCCGAACCAGCAGGUCGAGGAACAGCUUCUUCCCGGCGGCUGUCACUCUACUCAACAACGUACCUCGGUGACUGCCAAUCACCACCCCCCCCGGACACUUAUUAUUAUUUAUUCAAAUCAUUUGCUCUUCCAGGGAGAUGCUAAAUGCAUUUCGUUGUCU